UCUAUCUUACCUUUAGGUCCCGUCGUGGCCGUUACAAUCUCUCUACAGGUUACGCUGGUUCGUGCCUGCACACGCUCUCUCCUGCGAUAAACGCGUUAUCGCAUAUUUGAAGUGUUUUCAGCCGAGUUUUUUCGGAUUGAUCGUUUGAGUUCUCGCAAGAUGCUGGGUUUCCACAGAAGGACGAGGUCUUUAAUACCGGUCAAGGAUUUGGGCAAGUAUGAUAAGGUGGCCAUGGUUGAGGAAGAGGAGGAGCUGGAUGUAGAGGAAGAGAUGGAGAUGCACAACGCGCCAGAUGGUGCGGAUAAGUCGCGACGGUCGCAGCUGAUGCUUGUGUACCUCAUCUUCCUUGCUGAGGCCAUCAUGGCUUCAAGCCUCCAACCACAGCUCCAGAUGCUCCUCUCGUCUUCCGACUACUGCGGCACUCUCUCCUCGUCCUACCUCCGAAGUAUACUCGACUGCGCAUACGCAUUUGGCGGAACAACGGGUCUAUUCUGGGGAUACCUUGCCGACCGUAUGGGAAGAAGGCGCGUCACGCUCAUUGGGCUCUGGAGCAUGUUCGCAUGCUGCUUGAGCAUGGGCUUCGCAACCAGUCUCGUCAGCUGUACAAUCUUCCGCUUCGUCGCCGGCAUGGUUAGCUCAGCGAUUGUAUGCACAACCCUGACCAUGAUUGGAGAUCUGAGCACAUCGGCAGAGGAGAGGGCGAAGAACGUCGCCCGGCUACCUACUAUCUCUCUGGGCGGCUCCAUGGGCCCGAUCAUGCAGCUCAUGGUCUCGGAAAGCCUACAAGCCUACAACAUGGUCUGGCAAGACUUUCCAACCCUGGGCUCUGAGCUAGCUUGCGGAGCCGUCUUGUUCGCCAUUGCGCUCACGGCAAGCAUCUGCCUCAAGGAAACGCUUCCUCACCACAACGACCGCUCCGCAGACUCAGUCGACAUGGACUGCGAGAAAGCUGCCUUCCUCCGCCGCGACUCAGAAGACACAAACAUCACCCUCGUUGACUUUGCUCGCCCCGAACCCAUCACUAUCUCCCAGUUCCUCCAGGCCCCAUCUCUCAUGGUCCUGCUCUCCUCCUUCUGUCUCCUCUCGCUCCACGCAUCGACUUUCGACGUUGUCCUUCCCCACCUCGGACACAGCAGCACAGACCAAGGCGGCAUGGGCAUCUCGUGCGACUGGCUCAGUAUCGUCGUUCUCGGUGUCCGCGGCAUUGCGGGCAUGGUCCUUUACUACGCCAUUCCUUACGCGACGUCGAAAUACGGUCUUGUCAAACUUUACCGCUCCGUCUCCGCCCUCCUACCCGCUACAUAUGUCCUCACACCCAUCCUCGCCAUUGUCGUCACCUGCUCCGGUCUUGAACCCGUCAUUUCCGCUCUUUCAAUCUUCACCCAACACCUCCUCACCGGUGGCGCAAACGUUCUCGUUUCUCUGCUCGUCCUCAACACUACACCAGAUGCUUUCUCAGCCGGCACCGUUGUCGGUAUGAUGCAGAUCGCCAGUCUCUUCAAGGCUUUUGCCGUUGCAGUCAGUGGCACAAGCUAUUACUUCAGCGACGAUCUUAGCGUACAAACAACAAACUUCGCUCUCUGGACUUGCCUCGCACUCUUCGGUAUCGUCGGUGCGGGACUAGCCUGGUUUGUCCGCGAACGCCCUAGUGUGGAGAAGGAUUUCCCCAGCGAGGUUCUCUGCUGGGAGACAUGCUUCGAUGCUGAUGCCGAGAAGCAGUUUAGCCUCGAGGAUGUUGAGGAGGUUUGAUCGAUCACUGUAUCAUCACCUGUUGUAUGUCUUGAUGUUUGUAGCGCGUCGUCUCAUCAUCUCAUUUUUCUUGUCUGUCUUUUCUUUUGUGCUUGUUCAUC